AUGUCUCUCAUUCACAGUGGCCAGCCGCUCAACUUCUCAUCCGAAGAUGCUACCGACGAGUUCUCCCUGUUCGCCGACGCGUUGAAAAACCUCAGGGUGGAUGAAAUCGAUCCUCUUGACCCUGAACAUGGACCCGCCGCCGUGUGGAAGAGAAUUUGCGACUCAAAGCUUGAUAAUCGUAAUAUCCAUCUGACGCCGGAGCAGAAAGAAUCAUGGAACUUGGAACGUAAUACUUGGCAACUCGUUCAAAUGCUCUACACCGAAAGAACUGCGCCACCUCAGUCAUCCUGCUCAAGAAUCACGUCUAAUCCAUACCUGCCACCCCUCAAAGCAGUCAAUCUUCAUUUGUCAAGGUCCAAAGACUUGCUCGAACUAUCUACAUUCCGAGAUUGGCUGUACACAUGUCCACGUAGCACCCAUCCAGCUGAAAUCCGUCGAGGAUACUGGCCAUACACCAAGGCCUCCCUCAAACACACACUUCAAAAAUAUCCUCACUCAGAUUCCCGACGACCCUCUGGAAAAGCCCCUCCGUUUCAUUCGAUGGACCCCGAUGCUCCACUCCGUGCCAGUAGUCAGGAAAAUAGCCGAAGAACUCAGACGCUCCAGGCAGACGAAAACAUGAAUUUCGUAUCAGAACCUCACGUGAUUCAGGAGAAAGGCGAGCUAGAACAAUUGGACCAAGAAUACGACCGCGCGAUGGUCAAAACACUCUUUGAAUAUGUCCGAGCUGGCGAGAUGGCCAUGGCCCUCGAUUUCUGCAGACAAUGUGAUCAUCCUUGGAGAGCUGCUAGUUUGGCUGGUGGGCAAUUAUUCCAUGAUCCGGCUCUGGCUGGUUUUGAAAACGAGUCCUGUUUCCCCCAAGAUGAGGUCUUACCCGAUGCCGAGUCACUAGAUACCGCACUCAAUGAAAACCGAAACCUGCCUCCUUACAACCGUGACAACCGUUCAGGAUGCUUGAACCGAAAGCUGUGGAAAUCGAUGUGUCUGCAUAUGUCAUCUAACAAGUCUCUUCCGACAUAUGAGCAGGCCCUCUAUGGUGCUCUGGCAGGCGAAACAAGCUCAGUCUUACCCGUCUGUUACAGCUGGGAGGACCACAUCUGGUGUCAUAUCAACGCAAUUUUCGAAAACCAAGUCGAUCAAAUUUUGGAAUCGACCGAACUGGGUUACUAUUGGUCCCAGGGAGCUCUGCCACCCGCCGAAAAUCAUGAAUCUGACGAGACAGAUGACGAUGCUAUCAUCUCGUCCCUUCAACCUCGAGAUGCUGCGCGGCGGAACUUCUCCCAGCGAUCCAAUGGCGAAUCUCACACGGACAUCAAACUUGCCAUGAACAAAGCCUUCGAUAAAAUUCUCCGAAGUGAACAAACUUCCUUAGCCGAAAGCGCCAGGAACCCAUUUCAUGUUGCCCAGAUGUGGCUGGCGAUCGACAAAAUAAACGAUCUGUUUACCAGCUUCGCUGAUCGUCUGAAGUCUGCCUCCGAAGACUUCACCCGAGAACAUCUCUCACACCUCUUGCGCUUCUUCUCACAUUUGAUUCUCUUCUUACGAGCGAUCGACGAAAAGGUUGAUAGUCAAGCGUCGAACGCGAUCCUUCGGGGCUACGUUCAAGUCCUAGAAAUGGAAAAUAAGCAUAACUUGAUCGCAUUUUAUGUCGCGGAACUCCAACCCGAAUCUGGUGUCGAGACCUACGCGAAGUACCUGAUUUCUUUGGGUCCCUCGGCAGACCUACCGACACGCCGCGUCGCUUUACUAAGAGCCUUGGAGCAUGGCUUAGACUUAUCGCGGGUUGCUUGUACCGCCGUGAAGCUCACUUUGCAACAAAUGACACGCACAUCCCUUGAGUCCAAUAGGGGACAUGGUCCCAACAAGUUUAGCCAUCAACUAACGGAUAAACAAAGGGAGCUGAUUCGCUCCUUGGAGUGGCUAAUCAUUGAUCCCGUAACCUACCUAGAAGCUUUGAUUCAAGCCAACUCGUUAAUCAGAUACUUUCUCACCGCCGGCCAUCCAAACGCUGCUAGGGAGGUCGUCUGCUCUGUGCCAGCAGAUGUGCUCAGUGUCAUCGCUCAAGGGAAAGACCCUCUUGCGGAGCCAGAGGCCGGAGAUAACUUUGGAAACACUCAUAAUGCGAUCCUCGAGUUUACUCAGUAUCGCGAGUUCUUUGAUUGCUUAGAGUUGCAUGUAAAAGUUGCCGAGAUUUUGAGUCAACGACCGAUGGACGGGGCUACUACAUCAGAUAUGCAAGCCUUCACACAGGCAUUGGAGGAAACGUGUGAUCUGCUGUACAAAGCUGUUGUUCGGAUUUUGAGUUCGGAGUGGCUGCAAGACAUCCGAUUUGGAAUGCAACAAAGCAUUAUGGAUGAGCAGGAGCAGACGUCGGACCGAAGAAUCGCAGAAUUGAACUUGAUCAGGAAUAUCUACAUCCCUGAAUUGGUUUUCCGACUACAUGGCGCAUUGGUUGAUUCUGGAACAUUCAUUGUCACAAAUCUGAGACGGGCGUUAGAGUUGGCCACCCUUGUUGCCAGCGAGAGCUACAAGAACUAUGCCGAGUUCUUGCCCAUCAACCAAGACCGAACCGCUGGCAUUCACAGGAAUCAGCAAAACCGGAUGAAAGAUUAUCUGCGCGAAUUGAAGGUCGUCCAUCUCCUCAUUCUGAAGUCUUCUGGCGUUCACCCUUUGCGACCCACUUUGAAAUAA